AUGACAGCUCGGGUGUGCGGCUUGUUGAUUGCUGUUGUGUUUCUCUUAAGAGAAUCCACCCAUUUGGAUGCAGAGUUGUACCCAGAAAAGCCAGGAAUGUGUCCAAGUGACCACCUCGGAGUAAGAGCAUGUGAUGAGAUGUGUUCCCAUGAUCAUAACUGUCCAAACGAUCAGAAAUGCUGCAGCAAUGGAUGUGGACAUCAGUGUAUGGCUCCAUAUAAAGAAAAGCCAGGAGUGUGUCCAAGCAAAGCCGUCAGAAUAGGAGCGUGUGACGAGUUGUGUUCCCAUGAUGGAGAGUGUCCAAACUAUGAGAAGUGCUGCAGCAAUGGAUGUGGACAUCAGUGUAUGGAUCUACUUAAAGAAAAGCCAGGCCUGUGUCCGAUGAGAUUCUAUGGAGUAGGACCAUGUGGAGCGUUGUGUAUCUAUGACCUUGAAUGUCCGAAUGAUGAGAAAUGCUGCAGGAGUGCAUGUGGACGUGAAUGUACAUCGCCAUUUAAAGUGUAGCCUGGUGUAUGUCUCCAACCCGAAUGUGUGCUGAUAACUCUUCCCAUGAUGAUCAACAUCCUGCCAGACAGAAGUGUUGCCCAACCACCUGUGGACAUGCAUGCAGUUAACCGUGCUUUAAGCAUUGGAAAUUCCCCCCUCAUGUUAUACUUGUAUUCAUCAAAUAAAUCUCAUAGUUUAGUGCAAACUUCA